AUGUCAGAGAGCUGUCGGCCCUCGGUGUCAUCGUCGUCGUCGUCAUCGUCGUCCUUGGUGGCAGCGAAGUCCUCGCCCGUCCUCCUCGUCGCCAUCGUCAUCGUCGUCAUCAUCGUCGUCUCCCUCGUCUUUGUUGGCGCCCAGGAGGGUCCCCAACGUUCAUCAUGGGUCCCCAACGUUCACCAUGGUCAAUGGAGAGUCCCCAAAGUCAUUGAAGAGUCUCCAACUUUGGCCAUUGUCAAUGGAGAGUCCCCAACAUUCACCAUGGUCAAUGGAGAGUCCCCAAUGUUCAUCAUGGUCAAUGGAGAGUCCCCAACGUUCAUCAUGGUCAAUGGAGAGUCCCCAACGUUCAUCAUGGUCAAUGGAGAGUCCCCAACGUUCAUCAUGGUCAGUGGAGAGUCCCCACAGUCAUUGGAGGGUCCCCAACCUUGUCAUGAUCAAUGGAGAGUCCCCAAAGUCAUUGGAGAGUCCCCAACGUUCAUCAUGGUCAAUGGAGAGUCCCCAACAUUCAUCAUGGUCAAUGGAGAGUCCCCAGUCAAUGGAGAGUCCCCAACCCUUGUCAUGGUCAUUGGAGGGUCCCCAACCUUGACCAUGGUCAAUGGAGAGUCCCCAACGUUCAUCAUGGUCAAUGGAGAGUCCCCAACCCUUGUCAUGGUCAAUGGAGGGUCCCCAACGUUCAUCAUGGUCAAUGAAGAGUCCCCACAGUCAAUGGAGAGUCCCCAACGUUCAUCAUGGUCAAUGGAGAGUCCCCACAGUCAAUGGAGAGUCCCCAACCUUCAUCAUCCUCAUGGAGAGCCCUGGACCUUCAUCAUCAUCCUGGACCUUCAUCAUCAUCCUCCUGGACCUUCAUCAGGAGAGUUCUGGACCUUCAUCAUCCUCUUGGACCUUCAUCUUCAUCCUGGACCUUCAUCAUCAUCCUGGACCUUCAUCAGGAGA